AUGGGGAAGGGUUUUAAGAGCAGUCGUUCGAAGAGAAUAUUCUUAAGAAAGGGGUUCAGUUUCGACUCUGGUCCCAUCUUCCCCGCGACGCGCGAUGGCGAGCAGAGCCAUCCCUUCUUUCUGACUGCCAUCUUCGGCGACCAAGAACCGUCCGGAGAGGUCGCCGUUCUGUCUGAAAUGGCUCACGAGUUUCUUGUCCGGACCUUCCACGCCCUCAUCGAUCGAGCCGAUCUCUACGGUGCCCUUCGCGGUCAUGAAGUCUUCUACGACACUGUUGCCUCCGAGAUCGCGGCCGAGGGCGAGUUCAACGGUCCACUUCUGAAGGUCCUCGAAGAAACCUACGUGCCUGCCCGUCGGCGGUUCCAUCGCGUCGAAUCAAACACCGAGAACGAUCUCGUCACUGUCGUUGACGCUUGGAUUCAUAUCAAAGACGCCUUCGCCAAUCUCCCUGCCCUGCGGACCAUCUCGCUCUCUGCUCGCAUCAAUGAGGUCGACGAGCUCACCUCUCAGCUCGAGAGCGCGACUCUUGUGAGCAGCAAACCGGCCGUCUGGCCUCCCGUCCACUUCAACCAUAGCGAGGUCGCCGUACUUUCAUCCAAGUCUCUGCGGUCUCUUCUCUACGGCAAGACCCCCGAGACCCCCGGAGAAUUGCCCGCCCUUCCGACCAAAAGCUCGGUUCCCACAGAGACUCGAGGCUUUCUCUGCUCGCUGGCUUUGACGCACUACAAGGCGGACAAAAGCUCUUGGAGACUCCUUCUUACCCCUGUCGCUCAGAUGAGGAACCAUGAGCGAUGCCUCUGGGCCAAAGCAGCUGGCGGAGAGUCACAGACAUGCUUCAGUCUGAACGUCUUCCUAACAGAGGAUAUGGAAGCCCCCCGAAGCGGCAAGUCCAUCUCGAUCGCCCUCGCAACCCCGUGGUUUGGUCGGACCUGGGGCUCAAUCCAUCCAGUCACAGACGCCACCGGCGCCCAAUUCACUGCUCGGCAAGUCUGGUCCUCGGCCUGCCCUCGUCUCGGCUUCGCCAUCGCCCUUCACAAGCACGACAACGGCGUCGAGCUCAUUAUCUUCGAUCCCAUCGCACGUUAUACCCACAUUAAGGAGGAUCCCGUUGUCAAGGCCAACUUGUCGUCGAUCUUCGCCUUCCGUCAGAGCAUCCGCGACAAUACCGACGAGGUCCUGCGCGCUGUCAGGGCUCGUCUGACCCGGGUGUGGUACGGGGGAAAGAUGGGUAUGGAUGUUGGAGGUUCCGACGGCGUCCAGAUCGCGAGCGAGUGGGUAAGACAGCUCGUCGUCGGUGCGAGUGACGAAGGCCAGGAUCCCUUGAACGUCAGCGAUAAUGUCUGGACUCAGUGGGGAUUUGAGAAGGUUCAGGUUUAG